UGUGUUAUGAGAGUCUUAGUAAAGGCAGUGAGUUUUAUGAAUUGGAAAUGCGGUUUUAAACAACGAAUGCUACUUUAAAAAGCCUAGUUUCACAAUUUUACAGAAUAUUUAUGGAUACUUAAAUCUUUUUCACAGCAUUUUACUCCCCCUAGUAAAUUGUGUUUGCGGUAGGGAACGUAAACGAAGGUGGACAGUAGUGGCCACGUCCACGUCUAGAAGGAGGAGCUGACUGUGGGAGACUGUCAAGGAGCUGCCUGCUUCCUUGGUGAUGGCUUGUUUGGCUGCAGGGUAAUUCCUUGACUUCCUAGAACUGUCCGACUGACUGCUGUAAUUGGAGGAUUGCAGACUGAACAUGCUGACUUCAAACCUGGGUCUGUCCCUGUUAUGAACUUCUGAUGGAAAGAAUAGAAUAUUAAGUGAAACGGAACGUGACAUUUUAGGGGGUGUGUUUUGAUUUACAAUGGCUGCUGUACCAAGUCAAUGGGAGGUACAAGUGGAGACCAGCACAGGCAGCAGUGCUCUUCCUAGCAAUUCUGAAACAACUGCUGUCAGUCACCACACCAAAACCAAUUCUUUUGCAUCUGAAAAUGGUGAUAUCAAUAGAUCCAUUGCUUUUGCUAAUGAAACACCAGAAAAACAUCAAACCUCAGUACUUGCAAGGGAAGAUGGUGAAGACGGUGUCUGCCAGAAUGGACCUGUGUUACAGUGCCAGGAACCUGCUUUUAAUUUGGAUCCUACUAGCAGUCCACAGAAACAAGAGCCAUCUCCAGGUGUGACUGGUUUCCAUGACAACCUAGCGAAGUCUCAGGGCCCUAGCUCAGACAGUAGUACACAUAAAAAUGAAGCUCUACAGUCUCUCAGGCUAAGUCUUCCAAUGCAAGAAACGGAAUUGUGUUCGAAUGAGCCACCUCUUGCAUUGGAGAAUGAGGAACAAAUCAGACUUCAGGCUCGAAGGCGCUUGGAUGAGCAGCUAAAGCAAUACCGUGUGAAGAGACAGCAAGAAAGGACUACACCAAAGCACCGGCCAUCUAGCACUCUGGAUCCAGAGCUGAUGUUAAAUCCAGAAACUUUGCCACGAGCUAGCACUGUAGCAAUGACAAAAGAAUACUCUUUCUUUAGGACAAGUGUCCAGCGAGGACCAAAACUUGGUAGCUUGGGUCUUCCAGCCCCUUCUAAGGAAAGGAAAAGCACAAGGACUUCCAAGUCUAGCAAGAUACGUUCACUUGCAGACUACCGAACUGAUGAAAGUGGACUUGGAAAUGCAAGUGGUAGAUCACCAGGUGAUGAUAUGUCAUCUGGUUUGCUGAAGCCAAACAGAGGUAGUAGCACAUCUGUUGUGUCUGAAAUCAGCCUUUCAUCCAAUGUGGACGAUAGAUUGGAGACUUCCAGUCAGAUUACCGAUAAUAUUUCUGAGGCUGAUGGUAGUGAGGCAGGACUUAGGAUGGAUGGGAAUGAGAGUGACAGCUCUACAUACAGCAGUGUCUCAGGUGUCAGCAACUCUAACCCUCUGCCAUUUUUAGAGGGAAAGCAAGCAGUCCCUUACAUUGUGGAUGGCCAGGAAAUCCGUCCUGAGGAAGUGGGACAGUUCCCUUCCAUCAAGGAAGUGUUGCAGGCAGCAGCAGCUGAAUACCAAAGUCAAACGCCAGAUGAGAAUGGUGAAGUACGCAGUCGGAGAGACAGCAUUUCCAGCAGUGUGUCUAUCGGAAGUUCAUUGAUGGGAACGCAUGAUGAAGUACUGCAGGUCCUGAAGGAGAAAAUCCGGCUUGAAGGUCAGCUGGAGAGUUUGUCACUGGAAGCCAAUCAGGCCCUUAAGGAAAAGACAGAACUACAGGCACAGCUGGCAGCAGUGAAUGCACAACUCCAAGCUCAGGUCGAACAGAAUGAGUUGAGCCAGCAGAAGCAAAGCUCCCUGAACUCUGAAGUCAGCACCCUGAAACAGACCUGCACUGAUCUGGAACGAAGCGUUGUAGACCUGCAGAGUAGUCUGGAGGCUAAGAAUGCCAGCCUCAUCUCCUUAAAUACUGACCUCCAAAUGGCAGAGGAGCAGUAUCAAAGGCUCAUUGGCAAAGUGGAAGAAUUGCAGCAAUCCAUUGUUGGCAAGGACAAUACAGUUCUGGAUCUUCGGCAGCAGAUGGCUGCACUGCAGAGCCAACUACAGCAAGUGCAGCUUGAAAAGACCACCAUGUUUAAUAGUCUGAAGGCAUCGCAAACGGAAAUUACAUCACUACAGCAAGCCCGUCAGUGGUACCAGCAGCAGCUCAUGCUUGCACAGGAAGCCCGUAUCCGACUUCAGAGCGAGAUGGCCAACAUGCAGGCAGGUAAUGUGACCCAGGUAGGAACGCUGGAACACCUUAAGUUGGAGAAUGUGGCCCUGUCCCAACAACUGACAGAAACACAGCAUCGAUCAAUCAAAGAGAAGGAGCGCAUUGCAGCCCAGCUUCAGAGUAUUGAGGCUGAUAUGAUGGACCAAGAUGCUGCUUUCCAUCAGAUCCAGGAAGCAAAGACAAUGGUAGAGGAGGACUUGCAGCGGAAGCUAGAAGAAUUUGAGGAACAGAGAGAUCAACUUCAGAAGCUGGCAGACUCUGCUGUUGUGCUUGAACGAGAAUUAGAACAGGUAAAAGUCAUUUUACAUCAGCGGGAACUUCAAUUUGAAGCCCUGCAGCAAGAACAGCUUGACCUGAUAAAGCAACUUACCAUGUCACAAGAAGCCCAGUAUACACAAGAACAAUCCCUGAAUGAGUUGCAAGCCCGGUAUGAAGAACUGGAGGCCCAAAUAGCAGAGUAUCAGAGAGAGGCAGAAUCAAAGGAGGAUGUGGUCCAGAAUCUACGUAAGGAGAAGAUCUUCUUGGAAGUAGCGCUGCAAGCAGCAAAAGAAGAAAAAGAAGCACUAGAUGAAGGAACACAGCGUUUGGAGGAAGGAACUGGAGUUGCAUCUGAAGUCUUGGAGCAGCUAAGGCAAGAAAUUGCUGUAAAGUCUAAUCAGGUUGAGAGCAUACAGCAAGAGAACACUGGCCUGAGAAAGCAGACCCAAAAACUGAAAGAACAGUUUAUGCAACAAAAGGUCAUGGUAGAGGCUUAUCGUCGAGAUGCUAGCUCAAAGGAUCAACUAAUCAGUGAGCUGAAAGCAACCAAAAAGAGACUUGACAGUGAAUUGAGGGCGCUAAAGCAGGAGCUUUUGAGUGUCCACGGGGAGAAGAAAUCAAUGGAGAUGGAACAGGCAAGGUUGCAGAAGGAAGUUUCUCAUGUUCGCCAACAGCUGACUGACAUGGAUGCACAACUUCAAACAAUACAGGAUGAGCGGAAUGAACUGGAGAUGGAGCUUCAGAGCUUACAGUUUGACAAAGAACAGCUCAAGUCACUUACAGAAGAGAAUGAGGAGUUCAAGAAACAAAUAAGCAAACUACAGCUGGAGGCAAAAACAGACAUCACAGAGCAGAAGCAGAAGAUGAAGAAACUUGGUAGCGAUUUAACAAGUGCACAGAAGGAGAUGAAAUCUAAGCACAAAGCUUAUGAAAAUGCAGUGGGAAUCCUUAGCCGAAGACUGCAAGAGGCUCUUACUGCCAAAGAAACAGCAGAAGCUGAAGUGAGCAGACUAAAAGCACAAGUCACAGAUGGAGGUGAUAGUCAAGCCACUUUGGAGAGGCUUCGGACAUUGGAGUCAGAGUUGAAGGUGGUCUCCCACAGUAAGGCCAUGCUGGAGAAGGAGCUGCAAGAAAUCAUUUCACUCACAAGUCAGGAGCUGGAAGAGUAUCGAGAGAAGGUUUUGGAGCUGGAGGAUGAGCUUCAAGAGGCAAGAGGUUUUCGGAAGAAAAUUAAACGUUUGGAAGACUUAAACAAGAAAUUGACGCUUGAUCUUGAACAUGAGCGGGGGAAGCUGACUGGACUCGGCCAGUCACACUCAGCACUGCGAGAACAUGCCAAGAUUUUGGAGACAGCCCUGGCAAACAGGGAGGCCGAUUUAGUACAACUUAACCUGCAGGUGCAAGCAGUGCUGAAACGAAAAGAAGAGGAGGAUCACCAGAUGAAACAAGUUGUACAGACUUUGCAGGCAGCCCUGGAGAAGGAGAAGGCUAAGGUCAGAGAUCUUCGGCAGCAGGUUGCAGCAGCAAAAGCAGAAGCAGCGCACAGCCGGCGUCAUUAUCGUGCUGCUGCAAUGGAGUUAAGCGAGGUGAAGAAGGAGCUACAAGCCAAAGAGCAGCUGGUUAAUGCAUUACAGGCUGAAGCAGACAAACUACAGUCCCAGGAUGAGAGCCACUCCCAGGAAAUUGCUCGGUUCCAGCAGGAAUUGGCUGAAGCCCGGACACAGCUGCAGGUUCUGAAGAAACAGUUGGAUGAUGAACUCAAAAAGGAGCCUGCAGUGAACCAGGAGUUGGAGGACCUGAAGUGGGAGGUGGAACAAAAGGAAAUGGAAAUCCAGGCUCUGAAGCAACAUGUGGACCUGACAGAGCAGCGCACUCAGAAGGAAAUUGAAAGUGUACAGUCAGCAUUGCAGAGAAUCAAGGCAGAGCUGGAAGUUGUACGAGAGGAGCUGUCUGGGACCCAGAAAGACAAGUUCAUACUACAAGCAAAGGUGACGGAGCUGAAAAACAGCAUGAAAACACUUCUGAUACAGAACCAGCAGCUUAAGUUAGAGCUACGACAUAUGAAAACAAGAAAGAAAAAGGAUUUCAAGGGAGAUGCAAAUACUUCAAACCCAGUGACCCCAGUGAAGAUCCCAGAUUGCCCAGUCCCUGCCUCUCUACUAGAAGAGCUCCUCAAGCCAGCAACAGCUCUCAGUAAAGAACCCCUAAACAACCUCCACAACUGCUUGAGGCAGCUUAGGGACGAGAUGGACACAUUGCAACGUCAGAUGGAGGAGCACACAGUAACAGUACACGAGUCUAUGAGCUCCUGGUCUCAGAUGGAAGGACAGUUAAUGGAACUAACUGCAGUAUGCCCCACAGAAGACCCGGACCAUACACAGUCAGAAGCAACACAGCCCAUUGUUGUUGUUCAGGACUUUGAAACAUUAAAUCAGUAACUGAAGCAGCAUACUGCAUUAUCUAAACACCCGCUUUGCACUGUUUUAAAGACAUUAUUUACAUUCACAGAUUUAAUUUAUUUGUUUCUGUGUUCUCAUGUUUCAUGUUUGUUGCUGACUUACGUGUACACAGCAAAGUAGCCAAUUUUGGAAGACUUGCUAGUUAUUCCCAUUUUGUGAUGACUGAAGUAUGUAUCUAUAAAUGAACAGUUCAGCAUAUGCACAUAGCUGUUGUUGAAUGCAUCAUCUUUGUCAGCAUGUGGAGCUCACUGCCGCAUGUUAACAUCAGCCCUCCUCCAAAGUCUGAGCUGUAUAGUAGGGUUGUGAGAGGGGGGUGUCAGCAGGUAAGCAGGGGUCCUUGACCCUGUCACGAUGCUGCACAGUAAUAUUAUGUCACCAAACCAGGAGACUGUCCAUUUUAUUGUAGCUCAGUGACAGGAGAGUUUUCCUUUUAUGCUAAGAAAACAUAUGUGCUUCUUGCUUGUUUUAUGGGUUAGUUUAUAGAUUCUAAAACGGUCUGCAUUAAGGGAAAUGACUUCUGUCCUUAAACAGGUUAUUUUACUCUGUUGCUGUUUGUAAUUACACAUCAUAUGUAAUGUCUUGGUGUGUACCCUUCAGCAGUUUUAACAUUACAGAUAACACCUUUUAGAAAUUUACAAAAGGGCUUAGGAAUGUUGGUGUACAAGUUACAGUUUUUAGGUGUAGAAUUCGCAAAGUCCUGUUUUUUUUUUUCAUGGUCAAGAGAGUAUUGUAUCUUUAAAUGUGCUCAUAAAUAGAAUUUGUGCAAAUGCAGAAGGAAUGUAGUUAUGAAAGAAAAGGUGUAAGCUGCCCAUUCUGUGAGCAUUGCCUGAACUAACCUGUCUUUAGCCCUUGAUCUUUGAUGGAAAAUGACCAAAAAGCUAAAGGCUUGGAAGUUGUUUUCUUCUGUUUGUGAAGUCAAGUCAGUACCUUCAACUGUAGCUAGGAUCAGUGCCAUCUCUUGUCAGCUCUCAUGACAUGAUGAGGGAGGAAAAUGUAGGCUGAUGAUGAUGGGGGCAGGUUAUAUAUCCACUUUUUUUCCAGGAGCCAACAUAUUCCUUUCCAUUAGUUAAGUGUACUGCCUGCCAUCAACUAGGAGCUCAGUAUUUACUCAAAGGUAUAGCUAUUGAUUGGCAACCCAUGUAACCAACACCUCUAGCUGUUUUUUGCCUAAUCUUCAAUAAUAAUAACUUAUUUAUAUAUUUAUUUUGUGCUGUUGGCCCAGUAGAUGAGCCAGCCUUAGGCAAAAAAAAAAAUUGAGAUCCAGGAAAGGACAUAAGACAUUAAUACAGCAAUUAACAUAGCACCUCCUGAGUAGUGUUUAACUUAUAGAAGAACAUUGCCAUUAUGGUAAUAGCUACAGUUAAGCUGGAUAAAAAAUAUUUAGCAUAAUAGGCAAGUAUUAGUAUGACUGCAUUUUAUAAGACUGCCCAUUUAUAUGGGAACAAACAUCACAAAGGCUGACUUCAUGCAAGGUUCAGUUUUGGUUAGUACUUUUUUACAGCUGUGAAUGCCAGUCUUUACAGACAGCAUGAGUGUGGGUAUUGAACACACACAGAUUGGGUUGCCGCAUCUUGGGCAUUGGAAGGUCUGCAUUUUUGUCUGUUAACCCAGGUGUAUUUCUGUAAUCAAGAACUACUGUACACUGAUAUAGUUCAACAAAGAAAAUAGUGCAGCCUGCAGAAGCAGUUCUGGGGUAUGUACUCUGUUAAAUAAAAUUUCACACUUUUGCAGCUCUGCACUGAUUUACCCAUAAAGAGUUCAGAUAUUUAUAAUUAAAUGUUUUUAUCCGGACAUCAAAUGUAUCAGUUUGAAAGCUGGCUGUAGUCUUUCAGUAAAAAAAAAAAAGGACCGGUUCUGUAUUUUGAUAUCAUAUUGUUAAUCAUAAGCCUGGUCAGCAAAAUAUGACUCUGUGCAGUUGUUUGGUGUGCCACAGUUUCAUCUUACCCACCUCUCAACAGUGACUGAAUAUUUUCAGUGUCUUGCCAUGUCUUCAUUUUCUUGGUGGUCUGAAUGCUAAUGAAAUGAAGGAAAGCUUAUAUCCUUUAUGUGAUAGUCAGACAUCUCAUUUUUGAUUUGCAGCUUAGUUACAUUGUUUGGGUCGCUCAAGAACAAAUCGCAGUUUCAUUCUAGAUGACUUAGAGCAUUGCCUUUAAACUGACACCAUUAGUGCUUUAUUUUCCUUCCCAAAUGCUCAAGUCAUUUACUCAUCUGUUUUUCUAACUGUCCUGUUUUUGCUGAGAUGACUUUAUAAAUCCUUUGGCCUUAAUUGUACUUUUAAUGUGUUGCAUUGCUGUUUUAUUUUUCCCGAGAACUAGAAGGGCACAGACAGCACUUGUGAAGAAUUAAAGAAACAAAUUGCAUUUUAAGCACAGAAAAUGUGCUUGUUAACUUUUUUAAUAUAUUAAACAAUAAUAAAUUA